CACUUGUUCCCAAUUUCCCUCCCCAAAAUCGGUUUAUGUAACUGACUGGAAACAAUAUGAGAAUUUUUUACCACGCUGAAUAUUCUCUAGAACAGCAAACCGCCCCCUCAUACUGUGUGUUCAGAUUGUGCUGGCAGGCUCCGCUGUGUGUUAUAGUGGCGUGUAUCUUGUAACCGCACUUUGUGGUCGAUCUGUCAGGGGCAGGAUUUGACUUUGACGCGGCUCGGAGCUCGAAUUCCACUGGGAUUGCUCAGGCCGGGGCUGCGGUAUCCGGGGGGAGCGGGUGACUCACAGAGACUCAGCGAGGCAGAAUAAAAACUACAGGGGCAGAGCAGAGAGGCUGAGACAGAGAGGGAGACGGGGAACGGGUAGGCGCAGAAAACAAAACAGCGAGAGACACCAAAAUACUGCAGGCGUUUAAAAAAAGUUUACAAGUAAACAGACUCCGUGCUUUUUUAUAUUACUGGUAAAGACAACAGACUGAUUUAUUUUUGAACGCCGCCUUUUUUCAUUUAGUAACCGACUGGAGCUGCAGAGACAAGAGAAAAUAAAGAACAGUUCUGCCUGCUGCACGUUUCUCGUUUCUCUCCUGCACUGACACUCGUCUUCGCAGUUUGAGUCCUCUUGUUCGUUUCUCGCCCCAGUGAAGAUGCGUUCCCUGCGGCUCGCCCUGCUCCUCUCCACCGCCGCGCUCUCAGUCCUGUCUGCAGUGCUGGACCGGAGCGACUCGGACACCGAGGCCAUGGAUUACUUGGAGAAAUACGGCUAUCUUCAAAAGCCCCUCGACUCCCCGUCCUACUCCUUCCAACCGGAAGAGAUCGAGGAGGCGCUCAGGGUCUUCCAGGCUGCGAUGCAGCUGCCUGUGACUGGAGAGAUCGACGAGGCCACUCUGGCAAUGAUGAGCCAGCCUCGCUGUGGCAUGGAGGACCCCUUCAACCAGAGGACCCUCAAGUACCGGCUGCUGGGCUAUUGGCGCAAGAAGAAUCUGACCUACCGCAUCUAUAACCACACCCCUGAUAUGGGAUUGGCCGAGACCCGCACUGCCAUCAAAUCAGCUUUCAAGUACUGGAGCGAGGUCAGCCCCCUGACCUUUCGAGAGGUGCUGUCGGGGCGGGCGGACAUCAAGAUCUCCUUCCACAGGAAAGGACACUCCUGCGCAAUCUCCUUCGAUGGGCCAGGCCGUGUCCUCGCCCACGCUGACAUCCCAGAGUCAGGGACGGUCCACUUCGACGAGGACGAGUACUGGACAGAGGGGGUGAGCCGCGGGGUGAACCUGCGCAUCAUCGCGGCCCACGAGAUCGGCCACGCCCUGGGGCUGGGACACUCUCAGUACUCCAGCGCUCUGAUGGCUCCCGUCUACACCGGCUACAAGCCCAGCUUCAAACUGCACAGCGAUGACAUCCGCGGCAUCCAGGCUCUGUACGGAAAGAGGGUCUCCACAACUCCCAGAAUCCCAGCACAGCCCCCCAGUGCCUCCACGGCGCCCCCUGUGGUAGUCCCAGAGCAGCAGGGAGAGAAGCCUGACCCCUGCACUGCAGACCUGGAUGCCAUCAUGCUGGGUCCCUUUGGAAAGACCUACGCCUUCAAGGGUCACUAUGUGUGGACAGUGUCUGACUCGGGGCACAACCCUCCCAUCAAGAUCAGCCUGCUGUGGAAGAACCUGCCAGGGAACCUCAACGCAGCUGUGCACUCUCAGAAAACCGGCAAGACCUACUUCCUGAAGGGUGACAAGGUGUGGCGCUACACUGAUUUCCAGCUGGACAGCGGCUAUCCCAGACAGCUGACCCGAAUCCCAGCCAACAUCGACGCUGCCCUCUACUGGCAGGGCAACGAUAAGAUCUUCUUCUUCAAGGACGAUGGUUACUGGCAGUGGGACGAGAUGAGCUACAACGACCUGAGCGUGUACCCCAAGCCCAUCUCCAGCCUGUUCACCGGGGCGCCCCCCGGGCUGGACGCAGCGCUCACCUGGAGCAACGGCAAGGUGUACUUCUUCAAGGGAGAGCAGUACUGGAGGCUGAACAAGCAGCUCGUGGUGGAGCGAGGGUACCCCCUGAGCAAGGCUGACCGCUGGAUGCAGUGCCACAAGUAGCAGGGGCAUCAUAACUAUCCACAACUCAAACACUCAACAGGGCUGCAGUAGAAGGAGGAAAAGAAAUGGACCUUUCCACUAGAAGCCUCUCACUGUCGUCUGACGGAGUUUCUUUUGGGUAUCCCCCCCCCCCCCCCCCUUUGUAAUGCGCAGAACUGGUUCAAUAGAAAUAGGGUAUGGCAGGGAGCGACAACAGCUUUGUUCACCAGUUUUGAAAAUGUAUUCAAAGUAAUCCACGAGCCCAGUCUCGUUUCUAAUGCUUUCCAACACUGUGUGGUUUCAGCGACAAGCGUUUUGAUUAGAAGUCUUUCUUAAUGUGUUUAAGAAUGUUUCUUUUAGUAUUUCUGAAUGGUCACAGAAGACACCGAGACAGACUUCUAGUCAAACUGUUUUUUCAUUGAAUCCACUGUAUUGUACAGCGAUGCAGACUCAGUGAAUACGGCUCUCUGUAUUUUCUCUGCACAGGGACAGAAGGAGUUUGUUCGAACAGUAAUGUUCAAGCUACUUCUUACAAGGACCAAUAGGGGGUUUAAAUUGAUUUUGCACAACUCACCAGAAACCAAUACAACGAGAAGCUGUGUUCUCAUCUCGACAGACUGGGAGCCAUGUAGUUCUGUUGCCAGUUGUUUUAUUUAUAUAUAUAUAGAUAUGUAUACAAUUUUUUGGGUUUCUGUUUUGCCACAGCCUGUAAGUAAAUAGCAAACACAGAUGUGCAGAGUGAUGAUGUCAUUGCUCACAGCUUGCAGCAGUUACUGGUUAACUACGCAGUUUUUAAUAAAAACCUUUUUGGGAAGGCUGGAGUUUUUUGAUAACAAAUAAAAAAAUAUUU